ACUAUUCAAAGCCUAGUCAAAAAUCUCGGUCUAAUAAAUUUUGCAUAAACACCGCCUUUUUAAACAUAUUCAAAGAUAUUACCUACAGCGUUUUUACUUAUUCAAAAUAGAAUGUAAAAAGGCUUUUCUCAAUAAAAAAAGAAUAGUAUGUCUAGCCUACAUAGUACGUGAAAUAAACAAAAGUGCCAAUUUUGUUUUGGUUAUCCUGAGAGGUUAGUUUUUUUCAAACCUGACCAUAUGGAACUUGAGGCGAGAAUUAUUAUUAGUCGUCUUUAGGUCGUCUACUUAGAAUGUCAUUACAGUGCUUGUGAGUGUUGUUAUCACGGAUUUUGUUUGUGUAUUAUGGUGUCGGUUCCCCUUCUCCUGUUAAAAGGAAAAUAACAUGCGCUAACUAACUAACUAAUAAGUAUUAUUGAUAGUAUGAUUUCGCUCAACUUUGGUCAUUAUUUGCAGUAACUAUCAAGAUUUCUAUUAUUUUUUUUACUAUUCGUAUAUAAUAGAAUAUUACUGUAAUGCCGACUGAAAGAAUGAGCUAGAUUUUUAUUCUACGCAAUUUACCUCUAUUUUACCAUUAUUUUUCAAAGAUACAGAAAGCAAGCUUGUCUUAUGUUAUUUUAUCAAACCGGUAAGGAUAUAAAAGAUUUAUACAUGUUUGAAAAAUUUGUCGUUUAAGGACUAAAUGUAACUUUUACUCCAUUUAUUUAUUUAAUCUUUGCACAAAAGAAAACACACUGUACAAUAGGCGAACUUAAUGCCGUAAGGUAUUCUCUGCCAGUCAAGUUGGAGGCGGUGCAAAAACAUGAGGUAUAGGUGAUACAAUUAGGUACAUGUACGAACACAAUACAAUCAUAAGAAAUACCAAACAUAAACAUACAUAUAUAUAUAUAUAAAUAUGUAAGUGUAUGUAUUUGUAUCAAUAUUAUUUAUAUAUAUAUAUAAGGAGACUAUUCCAAAGGCGAGUUGCCUGAAUAGAGAAAGAAUCGGACAUGUAACCAGUUCGGUGAGAUGGUAUAGACAGAGAUAGAUUGUCAGAAGAGCGAAGCUGACGGUCACGAGAGACACCAUAGUAGUGGAAGAAAUAUUUUAGAUAUUCGGGGGAUUGAGGGUCCUUAAGAACAGAAAAGAGGGUGCAGAGCAUGCGAAUGUUGCGCCGAAUACGAAUAGGAAACCAGCCAAGUUACACAUCAUACAUCACACAUUAUACAUUAUAUCAUAUCAUCAUGUCAUAUUUACAUACAUAUUAUUUUGUGAGUAUAACCUAAUUUUUAACCGACUUCAAGAUUUCAAAAGGAGGAGGUUAUCAAUUCGGGUGUAUGUUUUUUUCGCUUUUUUUUUAAUGUUUGUUACUCCAUAACUCCGUCAUUUCUGAACCGAUGAAAAUUAUUUUUUGUUUGAAUUUAUAAAUAUACAGAUUGGUCCCGUUUUUUUCAAAACUCAGUUCUGAUGAUGGGAUCCAUGAGGUAUCGAGGGAACUCUUCAAAUGUGAACGGCAUACAUACAGUGAUUUUUGUAUUUUCUUUAACAAAUCAAGCAUUUACAUUAAAAAAAAGACAUUUGAUGAAGUGGAACUGCUGAUGAUGAUCAGAAUGGAACUCUUCAACGACGCAUAGUACACGUUUGGCGUUUUGUCCUUUUCCCUGUGUUUGUUAAGUAAAUUAAAUUUUCAAGAUAAAUUUUUGUCAAUUUCGAGUUCUUACGAUGGAGUCCAUGAGGAAUCGAGGGAACUCUUCAAAUGUGAACGGCAUACAUAUAGUGAUUUUAGUAUUUUCUUUAACAAAUCGAGCAUUUACAUUUAAAAAAGUGACAUUUGAUGAAGUGGAACUGCUGAUGAUGAUCAUCGAGGUAUCGAGGGAACUCUUCAAAUGGGAACGGCAUACAUACAGUGAUUUUUGUAUUUUCUUUAACAAAUCAAGCAUUUACAUUAAAAAAAAAGACAUUUGAAGAAGUGGAACUGCUGAUGAUGAUCAGAAUGGAACUCUUCAACGACGCAUAGUACACGUUUGGCGAUUUGUUCUCUUCGCUGUGUUUGUUAAGCAAAUAAGACUUUCAACACACAUUUUUGUCAAGUUGGAGAUCUGACGAUGGGGUCCAUGAGGAAUGGAGGGAACUCCUCAAAUGUUAAAGGCACAUGUAUAGUGAUCUUAGUAUUUUCAUCAACAAAUCAAGUAUUUACAUUUGUAGAAGUGACAUUUGAUGAAGUGGAACUGCUGAUGAACAGAACGGAACUCUUCAACGAUGCAUAGUUCACGUUUGGCAAUUUGUUCUCUUUGCAUGUUUGCAAAGCAGUUAGGUUUUCAAGAUACAUUUUUAUAUUUCUAUCCUAUUUACUUUUUUAAAUAAUUAUCUGGUGCUUUAUUUCAUGCAUGGUGUGAAAUAAUUUAUCUUAAAUACAGUCGAAUACCCUAUAGCGGGUAUCUUACCAGUCAACCAUAGGGAAAAUCUGAAAUGUGCCAAGGUGGGUGAGUGACAAAAAAAAACAUGUUACCUCCUUUUCUACAUAAUUAGGCGUAGGAUGCUGCCUUUUUAAUUUCAUUGUAAGAAAUCCAAAAUCAAUACCUAAUAAUCGAGCUUUCACCGGUCUCCCUCAUUGAAGUCGGUUAUUUUUUCUUAAAAAUUAUUGACUAAAAAUAGUCCGUUUUUGGCCGAAUCCUUAUAGAACGUAACCUUUUUUUUUAUACGGAGCCGUAUUAUCCGGAUAUCCGUAGCUGAAAAAUUUACGGAUAUUGCAAACCCUAUUUAGGUGUUAAUGUAGGUAGGUACAACAGGGAAAAGGUACCAGUACCACCCGUGCAUACAAACUUCUAUGCAGGGGUGGUACUUUUUAUCUGCAGCUGACUGUGCAAAUAAGCCCUAAUUUCUAAUGAAGAGUUAGACCAUUUCAUUGCCACAUUUUAGAGUAUUCGAGCAUUUUUGUAUCGUAACACACAGCUUUGUUUAUAUGUACACAGGGAAAACGUGAUCCCGACCUCCGAACGCCAAACCCCGAAUUAUCGUAUCCAAUAGCAAUGGUAUUAUUAUUAGUUUCUAAAAGUCCACAAAACAAUAGUUGUAAAGUUAAAAAAAUUAAUGGAAAGCGAUAAAAAACUCGUAAUUAUACUGCUAUUCUGAAUGCUGUCUAUUAAGAAUAGUUAGUCAUCGAAGAGAUAACGACUGCAAUAUGUGGAGUGAUCAUUUUGUAAUCACUGAUUUUUGUAUAGCGUGACCAACCACUGUAUGCGCUUAUUUCAUACAAAAUCCUAGUGCAGGAUUACGAACCUGUAUACGGCCAGGUAAAUCAAACUUUUUGAAAUGACUUUAAACAACACCCAGUUAUUCAUCAACGACAAUUUCCCAUUUGUAAGAAACAUGAGCAAGAUAGCUGCAAAAAUCGCAUUUUACAAUUUUGAAUGGCGAUACGUUGCUUUGGUGAUGUUUAGCAAUAUAAACUUAAUCGGUAUUGCGACGUUCUUGAGCCAUUACGAGCAGUCAGUUGUGGUGAAAAUGGGAAAAUUUAUACCUUACCACCGAGCUGUGAUACCACAGUUCGUGUUGCUCGGUCAGACAUCUUCCGAAUUGGUAGGUAUGCUUCGGUGGCUAGCUCAGAACCAGUAUGAUACAACAGGAAAAUUUGUCAUCCUUUGCUAUUCAACGGAAGAUAACACAUGCAAUGAAAAAGAAAUCUUUGAAACUCUAUCCAGUGUUUUUAUCGUAAAUGUUUUAUUAAUAAAGGGUUCUCUUGGAGACAAAGAACCCACCAUACUGUCCUACUUUAUGGUUUUACCAGACAAAUGCAUGAAUAGCGAACCUGUUAAGCUAAACAUUAGUUUGAACUGUGCAAAUGAUACUUGUUUCAAAUCUGCUUUCCCAGAAAAGUUUUCGAAUAUGUAUCAUUGUCCUUUUAUUGUUUCAACAUUCGAGCAACACCCAUUCAUGUAUUUGAGCAAUGAUAGCGCGCCACAAGGUAAAGAUGGUGAUGUUUUGAAUUUAGUGGUGGACAUUUUAAACGCUUCACUUGUCAUAAAAACGCCGAAGGAAGGCAGUGACUGGGGCAAAUUCGUGAAUAAUAACUGGACAGGUUCUCUUGGCGAUGUGUUCAACGGCCUAGCACACGCUUCAAUGUGCUCUGCUCCGCUGUCUCCAGCAAAAUACGCAAAUUUUCAAAUUUCUUUUACAUACAGUUCCAUGGAUAUAGUGUGGGCUACGGGCCUGCCCACCCUCAAGCCGUCCUGGGAAAAAUUGUUACAUCCAUAUCAAAUGCCUGUAAGGAUCAUUAUUUUCUUUCUGUUUAUUGGGAUAAUUUUGACGAAUAGUUUUACUAAGACGCUUGCUUGGAGAAAAGCUAUACGCGCCCUUAGAAUUAGCCCGCCGAAGUCGAACCUACUGUUUUAUUCUUGGAUUCUUUUUAUGGGGCUGCCUAUUGUGAAAAUGCCCACGAAGCCGUCUUUUCUAAUAGUGAUUGGACUCUGGAUUUGGGCUAGCUUUAUUAUCAGGACGGUGUACCAAGCGGAGCUGGUAACUAUUAUGAAACAGCGUAUAUAUGAAGAGCCAUUUGAGACAUACCAAGAAGCCUUGGAAACCAAACAACCUUUUGGAGGUCUUUCUAUAUAUAAAGAAUACUAUUCCGAUGAUAAAUACGUUUAUGACAAUUAUAUUGUCAAAAACUUAACGGAAGCUCGCCAAACUAUAGACAGGAUAUCAAAUGGAUCAUUGGACUUCCUGAUUGCUAUGAAAAAAGAGUCAAUUUAUUUCAGAUUAACGGAAUGUAAAGGUACAAGGCAAUUGCAAAUAAUUCCGAAGAAGAUCGCAAACAGCCCAACAGUUAUGUUUUUCAAGAAGUUUUCGUUCUUAGCUAAUUCUGUGAGUCGCAUCUUGAGUGUUUGUUUGGAAGGAGGCUUCAUCCAGAAGAUGUAUUCAAGUUUCUUCACAAGGGCGAUUUCAUUUCUUCACCACUCGAAUAACCAGGGCCCAUCAGCGCUACGGCUUGAACAUUUCAUGGGUAGUUUCAUAAUCUUGCUUGGCGGUUGGAUUCUCUCUUCUAUUUUCUUCGCCGUUGAAGUAGUAUGUGGUAAAAUAGUUAAUGCUAAUGUUCAUUCUUAAUUAAUACAACUGGCUGCGUAGCCAACGUGCCAAUCGUAAACGCUCUGUAUCGAACGAAACGCAACUGUCACUGUCGCACUAGUAAGAAAGAGUGAUAGAGAGAGAUGACUACGCUAUGCUACGGAGCGUUAACGAUUGGCUCGUUGGCUAGGCACCCUGGAUCACUUGUGUUACUGCUACCUAUAUGCUAAAACGCUAAAGAGCUUUAUUAAUGUUUCGUCUUCUGUAACUCCAUCGGUCACCAAAAGAGUUGUAGCCCUUCGCACAGCGCAUUAGUUUUGUAAUAAUCAUAACUUUUUUUUUUUUUAUCUUUAUUUAACGAGCUUAGUCUAAAAGACGAUGCCGCUCAGUAGUACACAUCGAGAAGUGUUCUUACACUAAAACAUUUAAAACCUAAACAGAUCAUUAUUUUCGUCUUUGGAUGCCCACCAUCACCAUACUGAACAGACCUAUGAGGUAAUAAUAACGGCAAAAAUAUUAAGUAAGAGUAAGAUGCUAUCCACGGGGACCUAGGUAUUUGGUUGUGAUUAAGUUUAAAAUAAACGUAUCUAGGAGUAAAAUAUUCAAUGUAAGUAGAAACUUUUUAUGUUAUUUAGUCACUACUUGCCUACGUAUAUUUGUGUAAAGAUAGCUUUUCAUAUUAUUUAAUCACUACGUAUUUGAUUACAACACUUACCUUAAACUCAGUCCCAUAAAUCCCAUAAUACAAAUAUGGUUUUUAACGUUGCUUAUUAACGACUUUUAACUAGCCUUUAAUUUGUACUCGUUACAUUUAUUUUGGAGCUUAGAUAUACUAAUGCUUUUUUAGGGUUCCGUACCUAGAGGGUCAAACGGGAUCCUAUUACUGAGACUCCACUGUCCGUCCGUCUGUCACCAGGCUGUAUCUCAUGAACCGUGAUAGUUAGCCAGUUGAAAUUUCUACAGAUUAAGUAUUUCUGUUGCCGCUAUAACAACAAAUAAUAAAAACAGAAUAAAAUAUGUAAAUAUUUAAGGGGGCUCCCAUACAAAAAAGUGAUUUUUAGAUAAUGGUACGGAACCCUUCAGUCCGACUCGCACUUGGCCGAUUUUCUAUAUUAGAUACUCAACAUAAUUUGUAAUAUAUUUAGGUAUACCUACAUAUUUUACUAGAACUUGAAUUUGGACCAUAGUUGUAAGUUGUGGACUAAAGUUACCUGAGUUUACGGUAUCUAAUUCUGUCACUAAGAUUAUUGUACUCUUAACCCUUUUCCAGGCAUAGUACGAUUUAUCGACCACAUACGCGCCAUUAGAAUUUCAACUUUAACAUUCCGAUUUAAGGUUCAAAUUAGAUUACACUUUCAGGAAAUGUUACUUGUCUUCAAAUGAAUCAUCAAAGCUGGAUUAAUUGGAAUAUAUUUGGAUUUUUUGGGAAAACCUUGUAGAUUGGUGCGGCCUGGAAAAGGGUUAACUCCUUAUAAAAGUAAUAGAAGUACUUGAUACUUAAUAAAAAAAUAUCGAUGAUUUCCCAUUUUUUUUCUUACUCCUCCUUAUAUUUGCAACAGAAUAUUACCUAUUAGCAUACUAAAUUAUCAGUAAAGUCCGUCUAAACUAACUCUGCAUCGACAUUAAUAGACCAAAGUGAACGAGUGGCAUCAAAACAUUGAUGUAAUGCAUCAAAAGGGAGUUUUCAGAAAAUAUUGUAUUGUAUUUAUUUGCAAAGACCCGAACCUACCCAACCUUUCAACCCUUUUGUUUUUUUGUACCUACCCAAUUAGCGUGAAUAGUUAAUUAACGUUAAUCGCUGUCAGUUUUGUGACGACAAUUAAACAUGUUUUUUUUAUGGGAAAUAACUUUUUGCCUUUUCAGGGUACCGUACCCAAAGGGUAAAACGGGACUCUAUUACUAAGACUCCGCUGUCCGUCUGUCACCAGGCUGUCUCAUGAACCGUGAUAGCUAGACAGUUGAAAGUUUCACAGAUGAUGUAUUUCUGUUGCCGCUAUAACAACAUACUAAAAAUUACGGCACCCUCGGUGGGCGAGUUCGACUCGCACUUGUCCGGUUGGCAACGCGCAUGUAACUCAUCUGGAGUUGCAGGCGUACUUAGGUUACGGAGACUGCUUACCAUCAUGCGGGCCGUAUGCUUGUUUGCCACCGACGUAGUAUUAAAAAAAAAUCUAAAUAAUCAAAAGCUAUGAACCCUGACGUCUUAAUGACUACAAUUAUCUUAUACCUUUAAACGAGCAAUUCUUGUAUAUAUAUAUGUAUAUAUAUUAUAUUUCCGGGAUCUCGGAAACGGCUCUAACGAUUUUGCUGAAAUUUGGUAUAAUGGGGGUUUCUGGGGGUAAACAAUCGAUCUAGGUUAGUCUUAUGUUUGGGAAAACGCGUGUUUUCGAGUUUUCAUGCGUUUUUCUUUCGUCGCAGAAUAUGGUCGCUAAUUUUGUAUUGCCGGCCUCUGUCCGUCUGGCCCAGCGGGUUAAGACGCGGACUGCUAAACGAGUGUUACGGGUUCGAAUCUCGCCCGGUGACCAACUUUUGCUUUUUUUUUUAUAUGUUCAAGUUAAUAAAUAGUUUUUUUAAUUUUUAUUGUUUUAGACAAGUUUAAUUUAGUAAAAAAAAUGUAGUUAAGAUUAUCACCUAUACACCACCAUAUUACAAUAAAUAGUUAUAACCGAGCAAAGCUCGGUCGCCCAGGUACUUAUUAAUUAUAUUAGGACUAAUGGCUCUGUGAGCGGUAGACCUUGCGAGCAAAGCU